AUGAGCAACGACAAAUUGGUGAAGCUGUUUUCCCUAAACCUGGGUACCAAAGGGGUGGGGAAAAAUGAAAGGCCUUGCCCCAUGGGGGGAUCAGCACACGCUUCUAACGUGUCCCAUACAUCCAGUGGCGUAGAAAAGCAAUCGAAUAGCUUCUUAGGUUGGGGUUCAGCCAAAACGUCCACAAACGAUUCGUGUACCUCCAUAAAAAGUGAACAGCUAAAUCCGUAUAAGCGCGUAAACUCGCUAAGUGAGUAUGUGUAUAGAUUUAAGAAGCUGGCUCCUGAAGGGGGGACAACACGGGGGGGUAGCAAUAUAUUUAGGAAGUAUAACACGAACCGGCGGAAAACAAGCUCCUCGGAUUUGCGGGACCGCUCCAGUGUCCACCACGUCGCCAGUCACGUCGCCCGCCACAUCGCCGACCACAUCGCCGGCCACAUCGCCGGCCACAUCGCCCACCACAUCGUCGGGAACUACAAGACGUUCAAAUCGCAUAUGAGCAUAGAUACGUCCCCCUUGUGUUCUUAUUUGAAUACCAUUGGUCGGUUGGAAACGAAAGUGCGGAACGAGGGGACAGCUAUCCUGAGCAGAGUUGGAGGAACAUUGCUCCAGAGUAGGGAUCCACCCUUAGGCAAAACUGGUAGGGAGAUGACCAACCUGGGUAAGUUGAGAAAACAAAUCCGCAAGUGAAUGGACAAAAACGAAGUAAACGACUUUUUCAAGAUUGCCAUUGUGCACAACAGAGUGAUAAGCAGACAUAAACAAAACACAAAAAAAAAAGUGAAAAAAAUAUUUUACAAAAAUAGGAAAAUGUGCAUAAUUAUCCAAAUGAGUAAACAUAAAAGUAAAAAAUUAUGGAUAGAGUUAACAUGUAGUGAAAAUAAAACAUUGAUAAAAAAUUUACGACAAAAUAAAAAUUACAUAUAUAAUAAAAAAAUCAGAAAGUGCCUUUUUAAAUUUUUCCUGGACUAUAUCAUUUCUUUUUACUUUAUGAGGAACACCAACUGGGUGGAAGCAAGAAGGGGGCCCUUCAACCGUCAUGUGGAUACGCACAUGUUGCAGCUUGCGCUAACUAGCGGUUUUUACGGGGGGGUUUGCAGGGGGGUUAGCAGGUGGAUUAGCAGGGGGGUUAGCAGAGGCUUUAAAAGGGGUCCUGCGAACGGGGGUCCUACAAACGGGGAGCCAUUUUCCCCUUUUAAAAGUCCACACAAAAGUGAUGCACCAAAAAAAAAGAGAGAGCCAAACAACCACCAUGCAAAAAAUGAGCCAGUACAGGAACGCGUAACAAAGCCUUCCUACCUCUUAGCCACCCCAGACAGUAACGUUACAGUAGGCAGUGGCAACAUUUUAUUUCCAGGUUGCUACAUCAGCUCACAGAAGGGGAAGAAUAUUUACAUCGGAGACAACAACUUAUUUGAGGACAACAUAACUAUUAUCAAUUGUGCAAAUGCCGAUAUGUAUAUUGGUAAUUAUAACAUAUUCCGAUCCGGGACAUGCAUAGCAAAUGUCCCCACCAUAGGGGAUCAUAAUUACUUUGACUAUAAGUGCUCCAUAUCCAACGGCAGCGUUGGGUGUCGUUCAUUUAUUCGGGCCAACCUGUUUGGGGAAAAGAAGAGGGAUGGCAGCCUUCACCCCCUCAGGUAUCGCAACACUGUAAUGGACAUGUCCCCAGCAUUCGUCGAA